GAUUGAUAGGGGCCAGGGGGUAUUCAAGUAAUUUCCCAAUGACCCCUCAAGAGUGAAGACUCAAAUGUGAUAAGCUUCUUUUUUCAUCACCCACCCAUUUUACAAGAAGUUCACAGGUGCUCCAUAAAAAUGGAGUCUUGCUCUUUUCAAAGAGCUCCCCUUUUAAUCUACCAAAAUAAACCAACACUCACCAUCAAACCCACUUCUCAAUUCUCAUUUCCCACCUCAAAAAUCCAUCAAAACCUAUUUUCUCUCUCCUCAAAACCCACCCAACUUAAUGCCACUUUGAGAAAUCCAAAGGGAUUUGGUACCCCAAAAAAGAAGAACAAAAAGAUCAAAACCCCCAAAAACUUCAACAAUGAAGAUGAAGAUGAAGAUGAAGAUGAAGAUGAUGAUGAUGAUGAUGAAGAAGAAGAAGGGAUAAUCCCAGAAAUAGUAACAAACAGAAUGAUAAAAAGGAUGGGAUUCUCAGUUGGGAUACCUCUUUUUAUAGGGUUAGCAUUUUUUCCAUUGUUUUAUUACUUAAAAGUUGGUUUAAAGAUUGAUGUCCCAACUUGGGUACCCUUCAUAGUGUCCUUUAUCUUCUUUGGUACUGCCCUUUUAGGGGUGAGUUAUGGGAUUGUGUCCUCUAGUUGGGAUCCUUUAAGGGAAGGUUCUUUAUUGGGUUGGCAAGAAGCUCAAAAGAAUUGGCCUGUUUUUUGGCAAUCUCUUUCUGGUGGUGGUAGUGCUUCUUCUAAGAAUCAGAAAUACUAAUAAUUUAUACUAGUGUACUUGAUUAAACUAGCUUUUAUAGAAUUGGUAUCAUUUUUAGUUUAUGGAAAUGAAAUUGGUAUCAUUCUUUUGGUCCA